AUGAUCUUGGUCGAAGGUCAAGUAGCACCAACGUUAGAUCUGACUUCGGCGGCUGUACCGCCACCUGGCCUACCCGGAAGUCUAGCUGGACAAGACAAUCACGGGGAGAAGAAAGCGCUUUCAACUUUCAACGAUACUUAUCGUGUCGACGCAAAUCACGCACUGGACCAUGGUGAAAACAUCGAACCAACCGAAGAAGAAUAUCGAACACUCAGAAAGGUUCCAGCUCCUAUCCACUGGGCUGCUAUACUUCUCUGCGUGGUCGAGAUCGCCGAGCGAGCCUCUUAUUAUGGCUCCAAAAAACCAUUUGCCAACUUCGUGCGAGGUCCCCUGCCUAAAGGUGGUAAUGGUGCAGGCGCAGUAGCCAAAGGAGCAGCUGGUAAAAACCAGACAGCGGGUGCAUUGGGUAUGGGUUCAGUGUCAGCUUCAGCUGUAACGUCCACUUUUACUUUUCUAAGUUAUGUUAUCCCUAUUCUCGGUGGGGUAGUCUCUGAUACAAAAUGGGGUCGAUGGAAGACAGUUUGCGUUGGCGUAGCUAUUGGUGCGAUUGCGCAUAUCAUCUUAGUCAUCCCCGCUAUUCCGUCCAUUAUUAAAAGUGGUCACUCUUUCCCACCGUUCAUGAUUGCCGUCAUCAUUCUCGCUUUCGCAGCUGGGUUCAUCAAACCUUGCCUAGCUCCCUUGAUGUGCGACCAAUCUCCCGUCAAAAGGCCAGUCAUCAGAACCACUAAGUCUGGUGAAAGAGUCAUCGUCGAUCCUCAAGUGACUGUACAAAGGUAUAUGCUUAUCUUCUACUGGUGUAUCAACAUCGGUUCUUUCUGGAUGAUCGUCGAGUCUUACGUGCAACGACUAGUAGGGUUCUGGCUGGCAUACUUGCUCCCAGGUGUUAUCUAUAUUUUGGUCCCGAUCGUUCUUUUGGUAGUUUACAAGAGACUGUACUUGGCUCCUGCUCAAGGAUCAGUCUUAGUCGAGGCCUUGAGAGUCAUCAAAGAGUUAUUCAAUAGGAACGGAUUUGCUAAAGCUUGGAGAGGCGGUGACGCCGCAUGGAACUCGACCAAACCAUCUCAGAUCUUGAUUACGGACGGAGUCAUCAAUGAGAAAAGGGUCAUCUGGGACGAUCAAUUUGUUUCUGAAGUGCGUCAGACUUUGGAAGCUUGUGCUGUAUCUUGGUUAUUACCCAUAUUCUACCUUGCAGAUGGUGGUAUCGGUAAUAUGGAGAAUGACAUGUCCGCAGCGAUGACUCUAAACUCCAUUCCAAACGAUUUAUUCGGCAAUUUCAACCCAUUGUGUAUCAUCGUCUUCACCCCCAUCAUUGGUCUGAUGUACAGAUGGUUUGAGAAGAAAGGUAGACCCAUCAUGCCAAUGACAAGACUUAGUAUUGGAUUCGCUUUAGCUACUAUCAACAUGGUAGCGGGAGCUUUGAUUCAGUGGAGAAUUUACGCAACAUCGCCCUGUGGGAAGUACGCGACCGACUGUGAAUUGGGUGUAUCACCAGUACCUCUAGCUUGGCAAAUCAUUUUGAGCGCUCUUCCCGGUAUAGGCGAGGUCUUUGUCGCGGUGACUGCUUAUGAAAUUGCUUACACCCGAGCGCCGGCAAGAAUGAAGUCUUUGGUCGUUGGUAUAAUCCUGUUUAACCAGGCCAUUUCCGCCGCCAUCGGUCUUGCUUUAAGUGAUGUUAUAAAAGACCCAUACCUGGUAUGGCCGUAUGUCGCUUUAGCAGUCGCCAACUUUUUCUGUAUUUUCAUCUGUCCAACAUUAUUCAAGCACCUCAAUGAGCCUAUCAGAGAAUUCGCAAACGUUGAUCGACAGCAAGGUAGAAACCAGCGAAUGCAGGUUAAAGAAGAGAGCAGAAGCAUAGACGCAGAAGUGGAAGUGGAAGACUUCCCUCGUCGCUAG